ACCGGAAAGACCUGCACGCUGCCCACUAUGGCUCAAGGUGAUAAGUUCCAGUACCUGGAGGAGACGGGCGAGGUGUUGGUGGGCUACGUCAACAGCAGCCAGCUGGAGAAAGUGAGACUGGUGAAAGAUGAGCAUCACGCUCUCUUUGACAAUCACAUAGAAACUCAAAAGAUUGUGACACCGAUUCUGAAAGAUGUGGCUGAGAUUGAAGAGAGUGCGGGCCAGAUGCUGAUGGACAUGGAGGAGGAGAAGAUGCGACAGGAGAGGGAGCUGGAGAGCCUCGGGGAGCAGCUGAGGCAGGCCACCGCCAAGAGCCAGAUGACCGACGCAGAACUGCAAUUUCUUCAGAGAGAGUUGGAGAGUCUGAGAAACGGCGAGCACGAGCUUGAGACUCUUCAGACGGAGGUGGAGGAAGACACGACCGAGGUCAUCCCGUCAGCCAUAUUUGUGGCUAAAUUGUUUUACCUCAUCACCAAGAUCAAGUGGGAAUACGACACGCAGCCCAACAUCCUGAAAGGAGUGCACUACGGCGCCGACCUGGCGACCCCCAUCAACACCGACACCUCCACGCGGUCUCGGAGCGACGUGAGCGACCAGCUGUGGGGCUUCGUCAGCACCGAGUGGUAGCCCACCUAACAUCGAAGGACUUUGAGUUGGUGUUUAAGGCGGGUGGAUAGUCUCAGUGGCCCCAAACGUUGUUUAUUUCCCCCCUAACCACAGCAAGAUCCGCAGAUGAAUGAUCGUUCGAGGUCCUCAUUUUCGGUCAUUUGACCGGGAACGACUCCUCCACCGCGAGAUGGACCUUGGGCACUUCCUGUUUCUGGAGAGAGAUCGUUGUCUCCCUCUGUCUCUGUUGUGCGUCGUUUUUUUUGUUUGUCUGUACAUUUUCUUUGUUUUCUUCCGUUCAAUAGACAUAUACUGUUUUUAAAAAUAAAAUAUCUCCUUAGUAGU